AUGGGCAAACUAGCCCUCACCAGCGCAACAGGCAAACUUGGCUCUGCCGUCAUCCACGCCAUCCUCGACAACAACCUCAUCUCCCCCGAAGACCUCGUCGUAUGCACCUCAUCUGACCCUUCCUCCCCCAAACUGCAAUACCUCCAAGCCCACCCCAUCACCGUCCGCCAUGCCACCUUCGACUCCCCCUCCUCCCUCUCAUCCGCCUACGCAGGAUGCACAGCGCUCUUCCUCGUCUCCACCCCGCGCAUCGAAAUGGACUACAACAACGCAUCCCUCUGGCGCGGGCGCGAAGCGCACCACCGUGCGGCCAUCGACGCGGCCGUAAAAGCCGGCGUCAAGCACAUAUACUACACGUCGCUUGCGUUUGCGGAUCCGAGUAAAGCCGGUGUCAUGCGCGCGCAUAUACGUACGGAGGAGUAUUUGAGGGGACUGGAGGGCGUGGGGGUGACGGUGCUGCGCGAGGGGCUGUAUUGCGAGAGUUGGCCGUUGUAUUUUGGGUAUUAUUUUGGGUUGAAGGGAGAGAAGAGGAGGGAGGUUGUUGUUGCGGGCGAUGGGAAGGUUAGUUGGACGAGUAUAGAUGAUAUGGCGUUUUGCACGGCCAAGGUGCUGGCGGAGCCGGGGGAGAAGUGGGCAGGUAGGACGGUAUAUCUUUCGCAGAAGAAGACGCGGACGUUGGAGGAUGUGGCAGGGAUUGUGAGUAGGGUCAGGGGUGAGGAAGUGGGAUUGAAGGUUGUGGAGAGGAAGGAGUAUGAGGAUUACUACGUGGGGAGGGGUAUGGAGAGGGCGAGUGUGGAGUGGUGGAGUAGCACGUAUGAUGCGUUAAGGGAUGGAGAGUGUGCUAUUGAUGAUGAUACGCUGGAGACGAUACUAAAAGAGGCGGGGAGGACGCCGAAGUCUUUAGAUGAGACGAUUGAAGAGAUGAUGCAGUAG